AUGGCAGCUGCAGCAGUCCAGACUUACACUCCCGCGUCAUACGACCACCGCGCCGUUGAUGCCAUGACUGACGUCGACGUGGCAGCCCAGCGACUCCAGGAACUCAACGGCCUGGAUCACAUGAAGUCCUGCAUCAGAGACGUCUUCAUGAAGCACGGCGUUGACAAAGUGUUCGGCGUCGGUCUCCUCCACCGCCACUACGACGUUGCCCCCAACGAGAAGAUCAUCGAGCUUGGUCCAGUCUCGUCGCCCUGGGUUGUAGGCGAUGACGAAGUCGUGACUGGCGGCUCAGUUCUCCCUCACACCUGGCGCGUCUUUGACGGUGAACUCAAGCCCACAGAGUUCAAGUUCGUGCCACAGCGUGAUCUCUCAAACGUCGAUCGGCCUGUCUUCCCAGCUGCCUUUGUCAAGGAGCUUAUUGGCGUGCUGCAGGAGACAGGACUCGAUGAGGUUCUCGGCGUGAGCCUGUACGAGGCUGGAGAUCCUGACAACGAGACCAUGGAAGUGACAUAUGGCCGCAGUAGCAUCGUCAUUCCUUCUACAGGUCUUAUCGGCUCCAAGGUUAUUGGCCCACAGGGUUUUGACGCAUUCCAAGCUGCCUGGACUUUCAGCAAGAAGGAGGGCGAGGACGUUGUUGCUCACCAUGGCAUCUGCGCUGCAAUGGGUGUCGAUGACGGUGUCACAGCUCGACAUGGGAUCUGUGCCGCGAAGGCUGCUGAUGAUGGGAUGACCGCCCGCCAUGGUAUCUGCGCAGCCAAGAUAAACGAUGGUGUCCAAGCACUACACGGCAUCUGUGCAGCUAAAGCUGAAACCGGCUUUGAGGCCCGUCACGGUAUUUGCGCCGCAAAGGCCAAUGAUGGUGUUAACUCUCGUCAUGGUAUCUGUGCUGCCAAAGCCCCUCGAGGACGUACUGACGGAGUUACGUCUCGCCACGGUAUCUGUGCUGCCAAAGCGGCUGACGAGGGUAUGACAGCUCGUCAUGGUAUCUGCGCCGCAAAGGCCGACGAUGGCUUUACGGCACGCCACGGCAUCUGUGUUGCAAAGGUCUCCGAGGAUGGUAUCAACGCUCGACAUGGUAUUUGCGCCGCCAAGGCCGCUGACGAAGGAAUCACCGCUCGCCAUGGCGUCUGCGCUGCAAAGGCUGCUGAGGGCAUCAAGGCGUACCACGGUAUCUGUGCAGCCAAGUCUAUCGAAGACGGUGUCAAAGCUCACCACGGAAUUUGCGCUGCCCGCAUUGCGGAAGAUGGUCUCAAGACCAGGCAUGGAAUUUGCGCUGCGAAGGUUUCCAACGAGGGAAUGACUGCUCGCCACGGUAUCUGCGCCGCACGUGUUGCUAAUGGGGAUGGAAUGAAGAUUUAA